CAGUGAGAUGGAACUUUCGAUAGGGAUUAUCACGUUUAAAAGUUGUCCUCCUUUCUUCUUUGGAACUCUGUGUAAUGAAAGGUAGUCGGGUCGUCGAAGCAGAGCCUGCGUUCUGACUAGUGAAUUAAAAAAGUAGGCGUCUCUGUGGGGGGGGGGAACUUUCGUUCGAAACGGGUGACGUGUCGGCAGGAAGGCGGGUCUUCGAGUCCGGAAUGCGGACGUGUUUCUAUCCAAAGAUUCCCAAGUCGACUGGCUGCUUCUGGAACUUUCUGUGCCGGCUCACGCAAAACAAACAGCAACUUCAGCCAACUUUGUAUUGUUGUUUUUGCGUCGGCGAGAAAUAGCUUUUUAACUAAGGUCGCUCGCGACUGUUGCAGUAACCGCUUUGCGAUCUCGCGUGGAUCAUAUAUAUAUAUAUAUAUAUAAAACGAGGGGGGAAAAGAUCAAGAUGUGUUUACAGUUUUUGGAAUCACGUGCUGGACCAGCGCACGGAUUAUGACCGCGGCAAAUAUUUAUUAAUUAACGUAGCUGUGAUCCGAGUGUCUGCGCAGCGGAGGCCAUGGGGAAGGAUUAUUAUCGGGUGCUUGGGGUCGCGAGCUGCGCGUCCGAGGAGGACAUCAGGAAGGCGUAUCGGCGACAGGCGCUCAAGUUGCACCCGGACAAGAACCGGAGCCCCGGGGCCGAGGAGGCUUUCAAGGAGAUCGCCGAGGCGUACGACGUGCUGAGCGACGCCAAGAAGAGGGGCAUCUACGACCUGUACGGGGAGGAAGGGUUGAAAGGUUCGUCUGGAGGAGGGGAGUCAAGCGAUGCCGACUUCAGCUACUCCUUCCAUGGGGACCCUCAUGCCAUCUUUUCUGAGCUUUUCGGUGGCCGUAGCCCAUUUGAGCACUUCUUCGGCAAGGGCAUGGACAAUGACCUGGAUGUGGGCGACCCCUUCGAGGGGUUCGGGAUUGGAGGCUUCCCCGGGUUCCAGUCUUCUUUCAAGACGCAGCCCGCUCACAGAGCACGGAGGAAGAAGAAGGACCCUCCCGUCGUGCACAACCUGCAGGUGAGCCUGGAGGAGGUCUUCUCUGGCUGCACCAAGAGGAUGAAGAUCUCGCACCGGCGCCUCAACACAGAUGGCCACACGACCCGGCGCGAGGAUAAGAUCCUCACAGUGGAGGUGAAGCGGGGCUGGAAGGAAGGCACCAAGAUCACAUUCCCCAAGGAGGGCGACGAAACUCCCACCAACAUCCCGGCCGACGUAGUCUUCGUGAUUAAGGACAAGCCACACCCCGUCUUCCGCAGGGAAGGCUCUGACAUUGUCUACAUCGCAAGAGUGUCCCUUAGAGAAGCUCUGUGCGGCUGCACGGUCAACGUUCCCACUCUGGACAGCAGAACAGUUGCAGUGACAUUGCAAGAUGUGGUCCAGCCGGGGAUGAAGAAGCGUGUGCCGGGGGAGGGGCUGCCCCUGUCCAAAUCCCCUGAGACAAGGGGCGACCUGGUGCUCGAGUUCCAGGUGCUCUUCCCUGACCAGCUGGAGCAUGGAGCUCGUGAGGUCAUUGCCUGUGUGCUGCCGCCCUGAAUGCUGCCAGGACUGAAACUGUCCAGAAUCAGACUUCCACCAGGGAAAUUCUUUCUUUCUCUAUUUAUAUAUUUAUAUUAAAAAAAAACAUAACUGAAUGAUUUUUUUCCAGUGUUUUGAAAGGUGAUUACCUCAUCGUGGGUGAGAUGAACAGCUGAGUGCUUCUGAAAAGGUGGAUCUUGUGUGUAAGUCAAACCUUGGGCCCAACCCUCCACAUGUGUGCAAGAUGAUGAUACUUAAACUUUUUUUUGAAGGUUAAAAACCAGGGUAAGGGCUGAAGGGGAGGAUCUCUGAACAUAUCUGUACUUCACACACCCUCUGUCACUGCCAGUGUGAGCCCUGCUGAAGUUGUGAUAAUGAGGUGUGUUACAGGUGGUGGAUAUUCCCACACACAACCCGAAUGUCCCUCUGGUGCUGGAGGGAGUGCUUGUGUGUGCUCACAUAGCACUAGAUCUCACUUUUACCCCAGUGGGCUGUCUGGUUUUUGUGUGUGUGUGUGUGUGUGUGCGUGCGCACGCAAUGCACGUGCGCAUUGCUGUAUAUUCAGCACAUUGCUGAGUUUAGGAGCUUGAACAUACUAAUAAUCUUCAUAUAUGCAAUCUCCAUCACUGGGAUUUAAACCCAUUCCCUUCACCCUCAUGCUGCCACGCACAGGGUCCUAGGUUUGGGGCUGACUGCUGAGUAACUCCUCCACGGUCCGGGUUCUGUCCUCACAGCUCUUGUCUUUGUGCCAUUUCAUGUUCCCCCCUCACUGCCUUAUGCGUACACAGUAGGUCAACAGCUCUGCACAGCUGCCAUGUGUACAACCAUUUAUAGUUUUUAAUCAAACCCAAAUUUAUCAGUUCCUGACUGAACAGAUUUAUGGAUUAUUUGGACUGAUUUAGGCUGCUCCUUUUGCAGCAAGGCUUUUAGUUGUGUGUUGAAGCGUUGCAAAACCUGCACAAACUGCAGGUCCAACACAGGGACCUCCGCACAUGUGACUCGAACCAGCAACCUUCAGAAGACAUGUACAUGUUCUUAGCUAACAAUAGCCUUUUCCUUCUCUCGGUGGCACAGCAGGCUUGCUAGUUAGGAUUUCCACAUGCCAUUGUGGACUGAGUAGGGUUUACCAUAGGAGCUGUGAAAAAAAAAAAAAA